AUGACUAGAGGAAGACUCAUCCUGAUUGAAGGUCUCGACAGGACAGGGAAGACGACACAGACCAACCUGCUUCUCGAAAAACUCGGACCCAAUGCACAGCUGAUCAAGUUUCCGGAAAGAACCACGCCAAUAGGGAAGCUCAUCGACAAGUACCUCACAGAGCGGUCGUUCGAACUUGCCGACCAAGCGGUCCACCUACUGUUUGCUGCCAACAGGUGGGAACUAUCCCACCAAAUCGAGGCUCUUCUACGUUCCGGCAAGCACGUGAUACUUGACAGAUACGUAUAUUCUGGGGUUGCUUACUCAAGUGCUAAGGGAGUUCGAGGUAUGGAUCUACAAUGGUGUAUACAGCCGGAAAAAGGCUUGAUAAAACCCGAUUUGACUCUGUUCUUUACCACUGAUACUGCUGCAGAGAGGCAAGGCUUCGGUGAUGAGCGCUACGAGGUGGAGGAGUUUCAGAAAAAAGUGAAGGUCAAGUUUAAUGAUGUCUUCAAGAUGUUUGAGAACCCUGAUUACCGGGUCAAUCAUAUAAAAAUACUCGAUGUGGGCAACAAGACUGUAGAGGACGUCGCAGCCGCGGUAUGGUCACUCGUUAGUGAUCAUAUUGCAACAAAUAAAUCCACAGACUUUAUGUAUUUUUAA